CAUAGGCUUCACUGUACUGUAUGUGUGUAGUAAUGUUGUUAUAAGUGUAAUAUCUUCUGAUAAACCUCAGACUUUAGAACAAGAACAAUGGCGGACGAAGCUCCUUUCCAGUUUCUACAUAACGAAGUGAUACAGUACAUUUACAAGACAGCAGAAAGCGGAGAGACGGAGAAUGGACGAAAUAUCACGAGACUGGAGAACAUGGGCUUCAGAGUGGGACAGGGGCUGAUAGAGAGGCUGACAAAAGACACUGCACGGUUCAAAGAUGAGCUGGACAUCAUGAAAUUCAUCUGUAAAGACUUUUGGACCUGUGUGUUCAAGAAGCAGAUCGACAACCUCCGAACCAACCACCAGGGUAUCUAUGUUCUCCAGGACAACAAGUUCCGAUUACUGAGUCAGCUGUCAGCGGGGAACCAGUAUAUGGAACACGCCCCAAAGUAUCUGGCUUUCUCCUGUGGCCUGGUGAGAGGAGGUCUGUCCAACCUGGGAGUGAAGAGUAUAGUAACCGCUGAGGUGUCCGUCAUGCCUGCAUGUAAAUUCCAGGUCAUGAUCCAGAAAAUGUAGCAAUUCCUGCAGAGGCUGCUCUCGCUCUACAUUCUCUUUUGCCUUCAUUUAUCCUUGAGUUUGUGGCAUUAAAGGGAAAUAGUACCUAUCUCCAUCAGCACAAUCUGUUUCUCUACACUUUGAGGUAUAAACAAACUUUUGCCAGUUCUCACUGUAAUCGUCAAACGUCAGAGCCUCAGAGGAGAAUGUUUCCUGUUGACACACUAUUACUUUAAUAUAAGAGGUCAAACACUUUCCAGUGGUUCUUGUUAAAUGACUUUGUGAUGGAUAUUGUCAUUGUAUAAGAGCCCUCUGGUGGCACAAUGAUUGAACUGCAUGAUGUCAGUUUGAAGUCAUAUACAGUAUAAACUGUAUAUAUAUGUCUCUCUAUAUAUAUAUGUAUACAUAUAUGAUCAUUAAUAUUAAAAAAUCAUAUAUUAACCCAGCUGUUCUAGUUAAUCUAUGAUCAUAACGCUUUUUUAAAUUACGUUUUCCAGAAAUCCAUUUUAUGUUCGAAGUUUAUAAUAAGACAUGUAUUCUAAUCAUCAUCUGUUUGUUAAAUUAUGUUUUAUAUUUUAUUGAUUUUGCUAUAUAUACAAAAACAAACAUUAUCCAAGAAGAAAUUCAUAUGUUAAAAAAAUAAUGAAUAGUAGUAUCUAGACCAAAAAAAAAGUGGUUAACAGGGCCCAAAGUCGAUCCACCAGCCCACCUGAGCAGAUAACACAACAUGUGUCUUUCCAAUUCAAAAUUACACUAACCAGUGUGGAGUGUGGUGACUAUUGAAGGCAAAGCGAGUUCACAUGAAGAAUAUCUUCCUCACACAUGCCAAAAACAGUUCAGAUAAACAGAUGAGUAAAUGGAUAAAAAUAGACUCCCCACAGCAUGAAACACUGACUGUAGCAAUGAUGAUGGGCAAAAAUCUUGCUAAAGCAAUAACAUGAAAUAUUUUGUUUUUUAUUGAAGUUGUUGGUUUGAACCUGGCUGUCAGGUUGAGUCAGUUGCAAUAAAUUCUAAUGUGAAAUAAGCUUUGGUUGUCUCAAUCUCUGGCUAACAUUAAUGUUCA